CUCAGACAGUGUGUAGCUGACCAUAGUUCUUGCGGGACAAGGAACCAUGGCGUCAAGCUUCCAUCUAGGCUACUUGAGCUCCAUUCGAAUGCCAUAAGACUUCGAGAGGCGUGUGAAGUCAGUAGAAAUAUGAAGUACGCUACACUCAGCCACUGUUGGGGACCAAGAGGAGUCGAGGCAAAACUCACAAAGGAAUUGCUGGAAGACUUUCGUGCGAAUAUUCGGCCGGAGUCUCUCCCAAGAACAUUUCAGGAUGCUAUCUCUAUCACCCGGAGACUGGGGCUUGCAUAUCUUUGGAUUGAUUCCUUGUGUAUCAUACAAGACGAUCCUGUUGACUGGGAAAAGGAGUCGAUUUCUAUGAGCGAAGUGUACGGCAACUCUUGGGUCAAUAUUGCGGCGUCCUGGGCCAAAGACUGUAGCGAAGGGUGCCUCUACAGGAGCAACCCCAAAAUAGACAGAUUCCAAGUCGAAGUCAAAGCUUGGCAAGAUCGUCAAGUACGGUUGCAGACCCUAGAAGUGAUCCCGGCGAACAUGGUGUUGAAUUCAAUAUCAAUGAGCGUGCUGUCAGAUCGAGGUUGGGUACUCCAAGAACGUCUCCUUUCGCCUAGGACGCUACAUUUCACCAAAGCACAAAUAUUCUGGGAAUGUAAUACGCUACUGGGAUGUGAAAGCUUUCCAAACGGAGUUCCCGCAUGUACUACUGUGUCUGAUAUCCAUAUCGUCAAAAAUAAUUUGUCAGAGCAAUGGCACAGGAUCAUUACCAAAUACACUCGUUGCAAUUUAACGCAACGUCGAGACGUACUUGUGGCGAUGUCUGGUAUUAUCAAAAGGUUACAGGAACAAAGGCAAGACAUUUGUGUUGCGGGAAUUUGGAGACAGGACCCCGAGAUGCAACUUCUUUGGAUGAGGUCCCCAAGUGACGUCCAGAAGGCUCGAUAUCUGUACACAGCUCCAACGUGGUCAUGGGCGUCAUCGCAAGGCCCAAUACAGCAACAAGAA